UACCCUUUCACCGAAACCUACUGAACAGUACGAACAGGCAAGUUCUUUCUAUUGCUUUAAAAGUUUCCAGAAAGAAGCAAAACAAAUUAUUAAGUAUGAGAUGUUGUACACACACGAUAAAGCGAAAAAAGGCAAUGUGAAGAUGAACGAGGAGAGGGAGGUGCAUGCAGAGGGAGGAGAGUCGUUGUUGCUGUAGGACCGAACUGUGUAAAUUGGAAAGAACGCAUCCCCUUCGUUUGAGUGAUAUCUUUAUAUAUUUUUAAAAUUGAUACCAUAAAAGCAAACAAUUGCAAAAAUAAAAUAAAUGAGAAAAAAACAUGAAACGGGAAUGUUCUUACGGGUUGGAGCAACCACAGAAGAAGAAGAAAAUACACGCAAGUAACACAUACUAGUGCGUCCGGGGAGAGAACACUGUGGAUGGGUGCGUGUGUUGCUGCAUCGUGAAUGAAAUGAAAAGAAACUUAAGCAAAACCAGGAAAGGUUCGCAACUCAAUACGUAAAACAAAGAAGGAAACAUAAACGGUAAAGUUUGAUAACGCAAAAACAAAGGUAUUAUUGUACAACAUAUUCAGGCGGAGUGGAUUUAAAUGGUCGAGCUCUAUAUCACAUGGUUCGUUGUUGGUCGUUUCGUUUCACACAAAAAACACCAUCCUAGCAACCACUUGCACCGUUCAGCGCUCCGUCUGUCUGUCUGUCAGUUCGGUUUGCGAGUGCAUGCUACACGGAGGCGCCAGUCGUGUCUCUACCACCUGUAGCUAUUUGUGCCGCCCAGCGUUUGGCACACUUACGCAUGGGGGUUAGAAGCCAGCGUGACCUCAUUGCAGCGUUGCACCCAGGCGCUUCUGAGUCACACAGUCGAGUUUCCAUGGUACCGGGUAACAAGGGAGCGGUAGUUAUUUGGUGGUGAAAAACAGAAGCGGAAAAUUUUGGUCCUAAUUUGCACCAGCCCCAGGUACGGACGGUGGGAUUUAAAGCAAAUAGCACCUUGCACAAAAGGCAGAAGCGAAAGAAAAACUAGGAAUACUACAAUAUGGACCAAAUAGAGGAAAGUGGCGAAGAUUCGCAGGCACCGGAGUCUACCUUCGAGGACGAUCUGGUGCCGAAAGAAAUUACGGACGAGUUUUUCGAGGAGCUGUGCUCGAAAGCCAAUCUGACCGUGAAGGACCUACAGGGCAACGGGCAGUAUGGGCUGGCGGAAGACUUUCAAAAACUGCUCAUUACGGGUCAAAAUUUGCGUCAGCAGCUCAUCGAAGAGCAGGACCGGAUCGCCAAGAUGCAGGACGAAGUGUCGGCUGCCUCGGGACGGGUGGCACAGGCGAUGCAACUGUCCCAGCGCGACCAAGAUACGAUACAGACGCUCAAGUCGGAAAUUCAGGACGCCUGGAAGCGGGCCGACGCGGCCCAAACGCGCGAGCAGAACGUGCAGGAGGCGAUGAAUCAGAUGCGAGAAAAGCUGGAAAAACUGCACGCCGAAAGUGACCGCUACGGCGAUCGGGACGAUGACGUCGGCUCAACGAUGAACAAGCACAAGGAAGGCAUCAUGCGCGAACGGGACCGGCUGUUCGUGGAGGUCGAGGAGCUGAACCGCCGGCUGCACACACAGCGCCUGUACAUGGAGGAGCUGGAGCAGAAGUGUCUCGACUCGGAGGCGAAGGUGAAGGAGCUGUACAAGGUGCUGGACGAGACGUCGAACGAAGCGUUCCGCGACAAGCGCCAGCUGGAGAGCCUGCAGACGCAGCACACCGAGGUGCUGGCGGAGCUGGCGACCAAGACGGAGGAGGCGAAGCACUUCAAGGAGCUGGCGGACAGCAACUACAAAACCACCAUGAAGCAGACGAUGCAGAUGGCCGCCCUGCGCACCAACAUGGAGCGCAUCGAGACGAACAAGAACCUGCUGCAGGUGAAGCUGGCCAAGACGGUGGGCGACUACGAGAACAUGGUGCAGCUGAAGGACAAGGUGACGAAUGAGUUCAACACCAAGGUGAACAUUCUCAAGCUGAAGGAGGACGAGAACAAAAAGUUUCGCCUGGAAAAUGCGAAGCUGGUGAAAACUCGCGACCUGCUGCAGAAGGCCAUGCAGUCGAUCGAGGCAGCUAAGAGCGCGCUGGAACAAGAGGUGGCCAAGCUGAAGAACACGAUCGUGACGUUUGAGAAGGAGCGAGACGCUUCCAAGAAGUCGUACGACGCGGCCAGAAAGCAGGUCGACGCAGUACUGCGCGAAAGGGAUCUCGUCCGCAAGGAGCUGACUAAGACAACCCAAUCGCUGACGCACCACACCGAGCAAAAUACGCUGCUGGAAAAGCAGCAGAAAACGUUGGAAAACGAAAUCAAAGCGCACCAGGCUGCCGCGCAGAAGCAGCAAACGCUCCUGCUGAAGAUCGAGAAGGAUCGGGACCGCAACGCAGAGGAGGUGCAAAACCUGUCCGAUCGGAUCGAGCAGCUGAACGAGGACCUGCUGUACAGGCAGAACCUCAUCGCCGAGCUGCGCGAAAAGCUGAAGGAAAGCGAGUCGAGGCUGUUCCAGAGUCAAAAUUUGCUGGAAAUUACACGCGGCGAGCGGAACAUUUUCGAGCGCGACCUGACGACCUGCAGCAAGGAGUCAGAGGGGCUGAAGGACCGGCUGAAGAACGCGAUCCGCAGCGUGGACCAGCUGAAGGAGGAGAACGCCGCCAAGGUGGCGGAGCUGUUCAAGGCGAACAAAACGAUCGACCGGGUGGAGAAGGAGAAGCAGACGCUGAAAACGGUCGUGGAGAACAUGAACACCGAGCUAGAGCACUCCGCCUCGGAGCUGAAGGAAAAGAUGAACGAAAAUGCGCGCUUGAAUAAGACGCUGUCGGAUGAUGCCACCACCAUGACGCGGUUGAAGAAGCAGCUCGAGGGUGCGAUCAACGAGAAGGACCUGGUGAAGGUGCAGCUGACGCAGCGCGUGGAAGAAAUCAACAACCUGACGGAGAAGCUUAACAUGCUGAAUAUGGCGCUGGAUCGUGGCGAAAACCAGUACCGCGACCGGCUGGACGACAUCCGGCUGCUCAAGAUCGAGAUCAGCAAUCUGCGGUCGCAGCGCAACCUGCUGACCCGCGGGCUGGCCAACACGGCCGACAUGCGGCAGGAGGUGCUGCAGCUGAACCGCGUGCUGAACCAGGAGCGCGUCAAGGCCCGGGCGCUCGAGGACGAAAUGCUGACCCCGAUGAAUGUGCACCGGUGGCGCAAGCUGAGCGGCAAGGAUCCGGAAAAGAUGGACCUGAUCGUGAAGGUGCAGACGUUGCAGCGGCGCGUCCUCUACCAAUCGGUGACCGUGUCGGAGCAGGAGAAAACGCUCCAGCAGUCGGGCAAAAUGUACGAUGCACUGAAGGAGGUGGUGGAGAAGCUGCCCAGCCACAAGGUGAAGGAGCGGCUGUCCGCCACCCAGCGCGCGCUGACAGCCCGCACCAAGAAGCUGAAGGCACUGGCGGCGGAAAUCCGCAUCAAGGAGCUGGACUCCAAAUCGAAGGACUGCACGCUGGAGCAGCUGAAGCAAGCGCUGCUCGAGACGAAGAAGGAGCUGGUGAAAGAGAAACGCGAGAAAAUUAAACUGGUCGAGAACAUCCGGGGCCAUCGGGCGGACGGGCCCGCACUGGCGGGGCACAACGCAACCAGCGACAUCAUCGUGAUCCGUACGACCAGCCAGAGUGCGCACAGUGCCAGCUAUCGUACGCUCGGGUCGGGCUUUAAAGCAAUCUGUUAACCGCAAACAAGCGCAUUUGUGCACGGUGCAAAGCUCUUUCGUAAGACGCUGUGCGCUGGCUUGCGCUCUACCGAGCCAAUAUUGACCGUAUCGAUAACUCGUUUUCGUCCCUUCCCUCGGUAUUCGCAAUCUUGUGUUGCUCGUUUACAAACCCUCCACACUACUGGGAGGCAAUACGCGGUGUGAAAAAUAAAUAUUUGUACCACA